AUGCAGGUGAACCUGGACGUGCAGCAGUUCGCCCCGGAGGAGAUCAGCGUGAAAACGGUGGAGAACUUCGUGGUGAUCGAGGCGAAGCACGAGGAGAAGCGAGACGAGCACGGAUUCAUCUCUCGCCACUUCCAGCGACGAUACCUCCUUCCUGAGAAUGUCCGGCCUGAGGACAUUCAAUCCUCCCUCUCCUACGAUGGUGUUCUCACAGUCACUGCUCCCAAAAUGCUUUCCUAUUAUGAGGAGAACCUGUCAGGGCAUUUCAAACCAUUCAAACUCUUCACCGUAGUGCUGUACGUGUGGAGU